AACAAUCCUUCAUUAGUUAAAAAAACAAAAAAACAAAAAAAACCCCUCCAUUAAUGAACUCAUCAACAACAACAAAGCUAGAAAACCUAUGGGAAGAAGUUGGUGAACUGUCAUUAGGAACCACCCCACCAAUUCCUCCGUCAUUACCUCUCUCAAAACAAAGCCUUCAUCCACCGCCGCCACCACCCUCAACUGCAAAUCCGGCGCCAUGGCAGCUCGCAAAAGAGGCCCUUCUUCUUCUUCUCCUCCUGCUACUACUAGUUCAAAAAGCACUGAAUCUGAUCCAAAAUCAGCUGAAUCAUCAUCUAAAAUCAGAGCAUCAAAAAUAAUAUUGUUUUCUUUGAUUAUAUUUGUUCCGUAUCUAUACUUGAUAUUUUAUCAUUAUGAAAUCCAAGGGGAGUUUAAGAGAUCGAUUGUAAUUAACGCUGGAUUAAGUUUUGGAGGAUUUAUAGUAACCCUAAUUAUGAUUCCAGUAGCUUCUAGAUAUGUUAUUAGAAGGAAUCUUUAUGGUUUUGAUAUUAACAAGAAAGGCACUCCCCAAGGUCUCAUUAAAGUGCCCGAGUCACUUGGUAUUGUUGUUGGGAUUGUUUUCUUGGUUGUGGCGAUACUAUUUCAGUAUUUCAAUUUUACAUCAGAUUCAAUGUGGCUUGUCGAGUAUAAUGCAGCUUUAGCAUCUGUCUGCUUUAUGAUUUUGCUUGGGUUUGUGGAUGAUGUCCUGGAUAUUCCUUGGCGAGUGAAACUAGUAUUGCCAUCAAUUGCUGCUCUCCCUCUUUUGAUGGCCUAUGCUGGCCAUACAACGAUUAUGAUACCAAAGCCCCUUGUUGAGUAUGUUGGAACGGAAAUUUUGGAUCUAGGAUGGAUCUAUAAGCUAUAUAUGGGGCUCAUGGCAGUCUUUUGCACAAACUCGAUCAACAUUCAUGCUGGCAUAAACGGUCUUGAAGUUGGACAGACUGUUGUUAUAGCAUUUGCAAUUUUAAUUCACAAUAUCAUGCAAAUUGGAGUGUCUCCCAAUCCUGAAACUAAACAGGCCCAUGCAUUUUCCAUAUACCUUGUCCAACCAUUGCUUGCAACUUCAUUGGCAUUGCUUUCUUACAACUGGUACCCGUCUUCUGUUUUUGUUGGUGACACCUAUACAUACUUUGCUGGAAUGACGAUGGCAGUUGUUGGCAUAUUAGGCCACUAUAGUGAGACACUCUUAAUAUUCUUCCUUCCUCAGAUUAUAAACUUCCUAUUGUCACUUCCUCAGCUUGCAGGUAUUAUCCCCUGUCCACGCCAUCGGCUGCCAAGGUUCGACCCUCAGACAGGACUGCUAACCGGGACAAAGGAUGGGACACUUGUGAAUGUUUCCUUGAGAAUAUUUGGCCGGAUGUCUGAAAAGUCUCUAUGCAUUGUACUGUUGGUUCUCCAGGCCCUUGGUUGCUGCUUCUGUUUCUUCCUGAGGUGGAUUCUCACUGGAUGGUACAAAUGAGGCAUAGUAACUUAGAACAUGACCUUUUGAUCAAAAUAGUGUUAAGUGAAAACAGAGGUGUUGUAUCAUUUUACCAGAGUAGGGAACUUAACAGCAAUCAAAGGCCAGAAUCGUUGAUUUUUGCAGCUACUUUAUACUAACAGCAGUCAAAGGCCAGAACUUAAUGGAUUGGGUGUUUGCUCAAUUAGUGGAGAACCCCGCAUGUACUUUGAUCAACUUUGUUUGCUAUAUAGUGUUUUUUUCCCUUCUUCUAUAUAGCGUCAAUCAAGGCGAACAAAAUUUGCAACUUCCUAUGUGUUUACGUUUGAUGACUUUUCAAUUUUUUUACUUUCAUCACUAAAUUCAAAGUGCUUGAUCCCCGAUCUUUCAAUUUUUUUCCCUUCUUCUACUUUUGAUGACUUUUCAAUUUUUUUACUUUCAUCACUAAAUUUUUAAUCUUGGUAUUUUUUGCUUAUGUUCUCACCUUCAGCGUCCUAUCCUUGUCUCUGUUGUUAAAAGGCAUUCUGAUUCUUUGUAAGAGUUACCGUUUUCUGGUUUUAGCCCAUGUUAGUGCGUUUGGGGUGAAAGACCUUCGGCGUGAUUAAGUAACCGUUCUUUUUUUAGAUCUCGCUUCUUGACUGUCAUAGUCUUCCUGUUUCCCUACUUGUUUGACCCGUUUCUUGUUUGAUUGGGUCAAGGGGUGUUAUUGUCUUUAACCUCCUAUUUCAUUUGAGAGCCUUUUUGGGUUAACUUUUUAACAUCAAGUGUCUGUUGCUAACAUUGGGGUGGGGGUUGAGAAGUAUGUUUAUUUUUCUCAAUCUUAGUUUUGGGUUUAUUGAUAGUAAGUCAUUCGCUGAAGGGUUGAAGUGUAUGCUCCCUAAAGAUGAGAGACCAUAUUUAAUGUUGGAUAUAACACCCGUUAGCAGCUCUCUCUCCUUAUUACCGUUAGAAGCAAGGACCUGAUAUAUAAUUUCCCCUGAUGUUCAUACGAAUUGAAGCUGGUGAAAAGACAACACUUCCAAGCUCUAAGCUCCGCUCCUUCGACUGAUUGUUCACAUCGGAUCUCAGGUCUUCCGAUGAGAGUCUGCAUACCAUAUCCUCUCAUCAUAUUCAUAUAUAUAUAUAUAUAUUUGUAUUAGCAGAUUGUUCUUAUCACUAGUAUUGUAUUAAACCUUUUCUUUCAUUAUUAAUGUAUCAUUGUUGGUGUUGUAUCUCA